AACUUGACAAGUUGAGAACUUGUUUUCGGAAUGUCAAAAAAGUUUUCAAAACAAAAUAAAUCAUAGAAUGAAAACAAAACAAACAAACUUUCGCUGUAUGAUUUCCUUAAAUUUGUUCAUAGUUAAUUUUAUUACAACAUGUUCUAAAGUUGUUGAGUAAAUAUGAAAACUGCCGUAGCUGUCUUGAUGUUAAUUGCUUGUGUUCAAACAGCAGUCAGUUUAGGUUCUAAAAAUGUGGUAUUCGUAAUAGUAAGUCAACCAGAGCCAUACCACGCCAGUGUAGCGAGGCGUCUCAAGCAAGACAUACAAAAUCAAGUGUCACAAAUAGAUAAGCAAGCACCUACAGUCCACAUUACUCACGAGGAGUUCCCCGUGGCUGGCGCGUGGACUAUAAUCCCACUUCUGAGACCGCUGGUGACGCAGUACAAAGGCAGCGAUGUGCGGUGGAUGUUCUUCAUGGAGCCCCACACGGCGGUCCGCUGUGAUAAGCUCUUCGAAGCUUUGUCUGCAGCUGACAAACAGGAGGAAACCAUGUGGGUAGGUUAUCCACUCAGUGACGAUGAGCCUACAAUCAUACACCAUUUCACCUUUUACGAAGAUUUAGAAGAGGACGGGGGAUUUGUGUACCCGCACUUCGCUAACGGCUUCGCCAUGAGGAUCGAACUGAUGGAUAGGCUUUUACACCAAAUAGAAAACGACGAACGCAUGUUAGAAGCGGACUUCUCAAUAGAUCCUGCGUUUGAAUUGGCGCAGCUCGUAUACGGUCCGAAAGACAGCCCCGGACACGGACCGCUCUUGACGCCGGACCUGAGCUUCUGCGUAGUGUCCGGGGACAACUGUGCGACGUAUCCGCGCCAGUUUGACAUAUGUGGCAGUCCCAUUCCUGAAGACACGAUAUACUUCGCGGUCAAAACUUGGAGCGGCUUCCACGCCACCAGAGCGCGGGCCGUCAAGAAGACCUGGGGCAGGCAUGUCACACAUCUGCAGUUCUUCAGCGAUAUAGACGAUCCCGAGCUCCCAGCCAAAGCCGUCGGAGUGCCCAACACGAAGACAGGGCACUGCCUGAAGACCAUGACCAUACUGAAGGAGGUGGUGAAAAGGGUUGAGGAGAUGCCGCAUAUCAAGUGGAUAUUUUUGGCGGAUGACGACACCAUAUUUGGUGUCCAGAGGCUUUGCGAGCUGUUGAGUUGCUACCGCGGCGGUGAUGACGUCACAGUGCUCGGCGAGAGGUACGGCUACGGAUACGGCAAAAGGGAAACUGCUGCUAAAGGCUACGACUACAUCACGGGCGGCGGCGGCACGGCGCUGAGCGUGGGCGCGGCGCGCGCGCUGCGGGCCUGCGCGUGCGGCGCGCCCUCCGCACCCGACGACAUGGCGCUGGGCGCGUGCGCCAUGCACCGCCUCAACAUCUCGCUCACGCACUCGCCGCUGUUCCACCAGGCGCGGCCGCAGGACUACGCGCGCGAGACGCUGGCGCGCGACCGGCCUGUGUCGUUCCACCGGCACUCGUCGCCCGAGCCGCUGCGCGUGUACGCCGCGUGGUUCCAGCACGACGACCGCGCCGUGCGCCGCCGCAACCACAGGGACGAACUCUAGUCUCACAAGUACUGGACUUUCAGCACGAAGCGAUACGAGAUUGUUGACCUUCGACCUUGAUUCAGUUCAGGAUAGUCACCACGAAGUCUAAACGCGAUUACAUGCUAAAAGACUUUGGUAAUAACUUAAGGAUAGUCAGCACGAAGUAAGGGAAAUUGGUUAUGAGGAUGGUACUGAUAACAUCCAUACUCAUCUCCUUUAGCUUAUCCCACUUCGGGGUCGUCAAAAUAUGUCAAUUUCUUCCAUUUCUUCCAUUUGCUUCAUUCGUUAAUUUAUCAUCUACUAUGGCGCUGCCAGAGCAGUGUUUUUUGUUUCUUUAUACAAAGACAAAUAAAAGGAUGAAUUGUGGACUGGGCAGUGUGCCGGUGUGUUAUUUAGUUUUUUGGGUAAUACCCAUAUUAUUAAUUUUAUUGGGCAGCUCUCCCAAUAUCGGACAAUCACGUUUCGGGCCUGUCAUUUCGUUUUUGAAGAUAUUACAAUAAUUGUCAGAUAUGUAUUUUUACUUAAUAUAUGCCUUUGCCCAUGUCUGAAGCUAUGAUAAUACGAAGACCACGAAGAUCCUUUAAAGUGUUUUUUCGCACUUAAGGAUGGGGUACUACCCCUUACCCCUUUCCCCACCUAUCCACACUAGGAGGUUGCACAUUUACCAAGACGGCCCUGUGUAAGUCUUUGAAUAUUGUUAAUUUGGUAGUUGUUAACCAAGACAUAUUCGUCCAUUUUGUAUGUUUAUUUUAUAGGAACAAUAAAUAAAUGCAUUUACUUUAUUUUAAGAAUUCUAAAAGAAUAAUGUAUCUAUCAAAAGUUUUAAUAUCAUGAAUUUUGUUAAGCUUUGUCUCUCUUUAAAUUCUAUUGUAUUGUAUUGUAGGUAUAUUUGUGUUGUUGUAUAUAUACGAGAACUUAAAAAAAUUGUUAAUUUUAAGUAAAAAACGGUAGUUAACAAUGUUAAUGUUGGCUUCGGUAUAUUUUUUCUAUACUUGGAAGACGGUUUCCGCACUGUAGAAUGUUGCUCUUACGACACCCUCGACCCAGGCGAAUAAGGCACAUCGGAGAACCGUUCAACAUCUUUUGGUUCUCCGAAACCCAGCUGGCUUCAAAAACAGCCUCCUCGGGGACCUGAGUAAACCCCGGGUGAUGUAACCACCAUUCACCCCCAACACCAACUUUAUGAUCAAGGACAGACAAAGAGUGCGAAUAGGGCCGCCUGGGGGUCGCCAGGACCCGGACGCCUAGCGCUGGACGUGGCAGCAUGCGGGUUGCCAGCGAUACCUCUUUGCUGGUAGGGUAACUAGCUACAGCCAGUACCAACCACCAAAGCAGACUUAAAGUAAACCAUCGAAAGGUCGUGGUUUUUUACUUUUGCACACCAAAGCAGCUGUUAAAUGCUUUCUACUAGUCUAAGAUCUGUAUUAAAUCUUCACCCAUCUGUUUAAUGGAUGAAAAGUGUUUGAUAUCUAAAUUAGGAUGUUAAAAAAUAUGUUACAAGUGGUCUGCCUCAAAGAGAAUGGUUAGUAAUAGUUAAGCCAAAAAAUUUUUAGGCAAUUUGCUUGCAAUAUAUUUUUUAACCUACUAAAAUUUUAUAUACACUUAUCCAAUUAACAGAUGAGUGAAGGUCGUUUCUAAUACGGAUCUUCUGCUAGAUGUAAAGGAAAAUCGUCUUCCGAAAGUAGACAAACUAUACUAUCACUGUAUAACGCUGAAUGUAAAUAAUAUACAUAUCAAUUAAUGUGUUAAUUGAAAUAAAGUUUACUAUUUUCGUA